AUGCGGUCAACGACCUUGUCUGGAGCAGCAUUGCUGUCGCUGCUUCAGUUUGUUUAUCCUGUUUAUAGCACAGCCUCCAAUGACCGCGUCGCAGGAUGCCUAGGCAGAAACGGCGGAUCAAGCACAGGACCCCAAUUCAGCAAAAACGUAUACAAGACCGAUUUCGAUGGGGUAACUUGGGACGAAGACAAUUGGCUGCUCAGCACAACACAAUUGAAGCAGGGCGCGUUUGAAUCGCGAGGCUCUGUAGCCAAUGGGUACCUUGGCAUCAACGUCGCCAGUGUCGGGCCCUUCUUUGAGCUCGACACUGCAGAGAACGGCGACAUCAUCAGCGGCUGGCCUUUAUUCUCCAGGCGUCAGUCGUUUGCAACCAUUGCUGGGUUCUGGGACUCUCAGCCAGUCAUGAAUGGGACAAACUUCCCGUGGAUCUCCCAGUAUGGAUCUGAUACCGCCAUCAGUGGCAUUCCGCACUGGAGUGGGCUCAUCUUGGAUCUCGGCGACAAUACCUAUCUUGACGCUACGGUUGACAACCGAACCAUCUCCCACUUCCGAUCGACCUAUGACUACAAGGCUGGAGUAUUGAGCUGGUCAUACAAGUGGACUCCCAAAGGCAACAAGGGAAGCUUCGAUAUCAGCUAUCGCAUCUUCGCCAACAAACUAUAUGUUAACCAAGCUGUGGUCGACAUGGAAGUUACCUCGUCCAAGAAUGUGCAGGCAUCAAUUGUCAAUGUUCUUGAUGGCUUUGCUGCCGUCCGUACUGACUUUGUGGAGUCUGGACAAGACGGCAAUGCCAUCUUCUCAGCUGUACGACCAAAUGGCGUUUCCAAUGUUACGGCUUUUGUGUAUGCCGACAUUACUGGCUCUGGGGGAGUAAACCUGGCGAGCCGCAAGAUUGUGCAUGGCAAGCCAUACGUACACACCAACGCAUCUUCCAUCGCACAGGCUGUUUCAGUCAAAUUUUCCGCAGGUCAUGCCGCACGCGUGACCAAGUUUGUUGGAGCUGCAUCUUCCGACGCCUUCAAGAACCCCAGGCAAAUUGCCAAGAAUGCAGCUGCCACAGCACUGAGCAAUGGAUACACCAAGUCUCUUGACCACCAUGUUACAGAGUGGGCAAAUGUCAUGCCCGAAAGCUCUGUCGACAGCUUCGCCGAUCCUAAGACUGGCAAGCUUCCAGCAGACAACUAUAUCAUUGACUCUGCUAUUAUGGCCGUUACUAACGCUUACUAUCUUCUCCAAAACACAGUCGGCAAAAAUGGAAGCAAGGAAGCCAACGGAGCUCCAGUUAAUGUCGACAGCAUUUCUGUCGGUGGGCUGACCUCCGACUCUUAUGCUGGACAAGUCUUUUGGGAUGCUGACCUCUGGAUGCAACCCGGCCUGGUAGCCGCUCACCCUGAAGCCGCUGAGAGAAUCACCAACUACCGUCUCGCAAGAUAUGGCAUGGCCAAGGAAAAUGUCAAGACUAACUUUGCGGGUUCCCAAAAUGAGACCUUCUUCUCUGCGGAUGCUGCCGUUUUCCCGUGGACCAGUGGCCGUUAUGGAAACUGCACUGCUACUGGCCCUUGCUGGGAUUACGAGUAUCACUUGAAUGGAGAUAUUGGCCUGUCUCUAGUCAACCAAUGGGUUGUAAGCGGCGAUACCAAGUACUUCCAAGAGAACCUCUUCCCGAUUUACGACUCAAUCGCUCAGCUGUACGGGAACUUGCUGAAGCCCAACAAGACAUCAUGGACAUUGACCAACAUGACUGAUCCUGAUGAGUACGCAAACCAUGUCGAUGCUGGCGGAUACACAAUGCCCCUCAUUGCGGAACACCUACAGAACGCAAACACAUUCCGCAAGCAAUUUGGUAUCGAGCAGAACAAGACUUGGACUAACAUGGCGUCCAAUGCGCUGGUACUUCGAGAAAAUGGCGUCACGUUGGAGUUCACAACCAUGAAUGGCAGUGCUGUGGUUAAACAGGCAGAUGUGAUCAUGGUCACCUAUCCCUUAAGCUACACCACCAACUACAGCUCUCAAGACGCUCUCAACGAUUUGGAUUAUUAUGCUAACAAGCAAUCUCCUGAUGGACCUGCCAUGACCUACGCAUUCUUCUCCAUCGUUGCCAACGAAAUCUCUCCCUCAGGAUGCUCGUCAUACACCUACGCUCAGUACGCCUACAAGCCAUACGUUCGCGCCCCAUUCUAUCAAAUCUCAGAGCAGCUUAUUGAUGAUGCUGAGAUCAACGGUGGCACCCACCCGGCCUAUCCAUUCCUCACUGGCCACGGCGGCGCUAACCAAGUCGUUCUCUUCGGCUACCUUGGACUCCGCCUCGUGCCUGAUGACUUCAUUCACAUUGAUCCAAACCUGCCUCCGCAGAUCCCCUAUAUUAGAUACAGAACGUUCUACUGGCGCGGUUGGCCUAUCUCCGCUUGGUCUAACUAUACUCACACUACAAUUAGCCGUGCCAGCGGCAUCGCUGCGCUUGAUGGAGCGGAUCAGCGCUUUGCUGGAAAGACUAUAACCAUCCACGCUGGGUCUGAACACAACCCGACAGCUUAUCAACUGCCUGUCAAGGGAUCUGUUGUUGUUCCUAACAGGCAGCUUGGCUCUCAGCAAACGUAUGCUGGCAACUUGGUGCAGUGCAACGCCGCUAGCUCCCCUAACACUUAUGUGCCUGGUCAAUUCCCCAUUGCAGCCGUGGAUGGUGCUACGUCUACCAAGUGGCAGCCCGCCUCUGCUGCCGAUGUAAGCUCUAUUACAGUAACACUCGACCAAGAGGAUGUCGGAUCCCUAGUGUCAGGCUUCCAUUUCGACUGGGCUCAGGCACCUCCUGUCAACGCAACAAUCAUUUUCCACAACGAGGCCAUUAGUGACCCAGCAGCGGCUUUGAAGUCCCAAAAGCAUAACUCGAAUUUCAAGGUUGUCACAUCUUUGACCAAUAUCAAGCAGUCUAACCCCUACGAUAUCCAUACCACUGACUUGAAUGUCAUUGCCAUUCCCAUUGGAAACACGACCAAUGUCACUCUAUCUCAACCUGUUGCUGCAUCUCGAUAUGCAUCGCUGCUUAUUGUGGGCAACCAGGGUCUCGACCCUGUAGACGUUGCGGCAAAGAACGGCACUGGGGCUACUGUGGCAGAGUGGGCCAUUUUUGGACACGAGAAGGGACAUACCAGCACUCCCAGCCCUCACAAUAAGAGAAGACUGAAUGUACGAGCAGCGGCUGCCAUGUCUGACCCAGCCAGCCUUGUGCGUCGGCCUCAGUAG